UAAACAUGUGCGGGCUGUCGAGUCUUCCUCUGCCGCACAUUGCGCUGAAAAAUGAAAAAAGAGCAUAUUUGCAAUUUAGUAAACAUGCAUCAGAUCUAUGGUGGACCGUUUCUGCUCGCUGCUGGUGAGCUCUUGACUAAAUUUGGCGUUUUUUCUGCAGCAUGUUAGUUUAUACGGAAGCUUCGUCAGCCGUCAUGUGAACCGGAGGGGUGGAGAGCAUUUUUCUGAGGAAAAAAUAAAAAGUGUCAGCAGGGAGGAGUGAUAGUGGGCAGGCAGGUCUGCUGCGUCAGAAGGCGCCUCCUCGGCACCACAGCUGAGGUUUUCACACCGUUUACGGCUACUUUAUCAAUAAUUAUAACAAUUAUUAUUGUUUUUUGUUAACUGAAGUAAGGGAGCGUUCGUCAAGACGAGAGAGACCCUGGGAGUGGAUAAGGAAGCGUGACCUCCUUUCAUUCUGCGUCCAGACAAGUCUCAGCUAAACAUUCACCAUGUCUGCUCCUGUUUACCCAGGCUCGCCCAACCAGGCACCCUACCCCAUGCCCCAGGGUGGCGGCUACUCCAUGACACCAUACCCAGCUCCCCAGGGCGGGUACGGAGACCCCAGUCAAGCUGCUCCACCACCUGGCUUCAGUGUGGGCUACCAGCCCCAGCCUUCUCCGGGACAGCCCGUCAUGUACCAGCCAGGGCCGGUGGGCCAGGGCCCGGCUCCAGGCCAGGGGCCCGUGCCAGGGCACGAGUACGGAGGGGCUCCGGGUGGGAUCGCCCCGGCUCCAGCCGCAGCUCCAGCAGCGGUUCCUGUUGGGGUUCCACCUGGGCUUGAGUAUCUAACACAGAUUGACCAGAUUCUGAUCCACCAGAAAGUCGAGCUUCUAGAAGCGUUCAUUGGGUUUGAGACCAACAACCAGUACGAAAUCAAAAACAGCCUGGGCCAGAAGAUCUACAAGGCCAAGGAGAAGAACGACUGCUGCACCAGGAACUGCUGCGGCUCCCUGCGCAGCUUCGACAUGAAGAUCAAGGACAACAUGGACAGAGAGGUCAUCCGCCUCAUACGGCCCUUCCGCUGCGUCUCCUGCUGGUGUCCCUGCUGCCUGCAAGAGAUGGAGGUCCAAGCGCCGCCCGGCACCACCAUAGGCUAUGUCAAACAGGACUGGCACCCGUGUGUGCCGGUCUUCUCCAUCCAGGGAGCCAACAAAGAGACGGUGAUGAAGCUGGAGGGGCCCUGCUUUGCCUGCAACUGCUGCGGAGACGUCAAUUUUGAGCUGAAGGGGAAGAGUGGCGGCAAACCCAUCGGUCGCAUCAGCAAGCAGUGGAGCGGCCUCCUGAAGGAGGUCUUCACAGACACGGACAACUUUGGCAUCCAGUUCCCGCUGGACAUGGACGUCAAGAUGAAGGCCGUGCUCAUGGGAGCCUGCUUCCUCAUCGACUUCAUGUUCUUCGAGAAGGUCGGGGAGAUGAACCAGCGCAGCACCGUGUUUUCAUAACCCAAGAAAAGUGACAGGAGCAUGAGAGCAGAGGACUUUUCUCCACAUCCUGCCUUACUGAAAUCUCUGCUAAUGCACUCUUUGUUUUUCCGUUGCCUGUUUGAGAUCCUUCCUCUUUCCAGAUGACACAGCUUCUUCCGGAAUGCAAAACCUGGAGGACGAAGCCACCGUCAUGCCAUUCCCAGAAUCCUUCGCCACACAGACAAAACCAAAUAUGAGUUCUUUUUUUGAUAGCAGCUGUUCUCUGUGGAAUAUUUUUUAAAUUCUUCUUCCAUCCAAAUUCAAGGACUGACGUGUUGCCUGUAUGUCCUGUUGUUUUUUUUUACCCUCAAUAUGGAGGGUAUUUACCUGCAUUUAGAGUUCAAGUGAUUUCAAUCUGUUUGCAAGUUUCGCCAUGUAUCAUCGGAGUAGCACCUCCACCUCAGACAUAACCCAACACCGCCAAACACCAAAGACAGCCAACCUCGACAUCAGUGUCUCUUUCUGUGCCUAAGAAGAUAAAUACCAGCUCACAUCUCCGAAGAAGUGUGCAGAAGUUGCUUUAGAAAGUGCACUACGCCAGUUUGUUGAGCACUGAUAUUUCAUUUUUUCCACUUCUCGUGUAUCAGCAUUACACUCCGGUAACAUCGUGCUUUGUGAAGAAAUCACAAUAGAUUACAGGAUUCAUACGUGCAAUAUUGUUGUGGUUGUAGAAGCUGCAUUAGUGGUCUUGUCUUCUUAUAAAUUAUCACUUGGCAAAAGCUGAGCACUUAGCCACAG